AUGACCAGUACCAAUGAGGAGGAGAGCAGUGAAGAGGAGAGCAGUGAUAAUGAAGACGGUGGUGUCAGCAAGAAUCCAAUACUAAGAAAUCGAUAUGCUGCUCGCAAAGGAAACUGUAAAAAGUGUCUUGCUUGCUGUCACAAAAUCCUCUUCAAGUACUCACUCAUCACUUCAGCUCUAACAAAUUUGUUUGUUGUGUACGAACAUUUGUUGACAUUGUCAUUUACGCAAGUUAACUGUGAAAGGGCAUUUAGCAAGUUGAAACAAAUAAAAACUAGAUUAAAAUCAAGUUAGCGAAUGAUAAGUUGGAAGCUGUAAUGCUAAUGACAAGCGAGAAAGACUUGCUUGAUAACAUUACUGUACAUGACAUAAUUGCUAUUUUAGCUAAAGCGUCUUCAGUGUUACGUCAAAUGCUUGUUAUGUCUGAUGAAAUAAAAUAAAGUUGUUUUACUGCUCGUUAACCAUUUUUAUUUAUUUGUAAAGCAGCGGUUCUGACAAUAGGCGAAAUGCCAAAUGUUAUUUUUGUGCAUAUGUUUCACUCCGAAAUACGGAUCCGAAAUAAUGCACAGUUUGCACACAAUUUCUAUGUAGCUGUUGCUCACGUUAUGGCUACAAGCGGCGCCCCCUUUCUGAGUUUUCCCGGUGAAUUACGUAUAGGCCAGUCCGCCCCUGCUAUAGACAGGUAUUUAUUGUGUACGUUUAAACCAUGCAACUUAUUUUUUUCUGUGAGAUGCCUUGGAAUUUUAAAAUUUCUAUCAGUAAUAGAAAUUUAUAAUAAAAUGUCAGAAAUUCCAAAUUUUUGGUUUAUAUUAGCGUUAAUUUCACAGAUGCCUACAUAUCUGAUAUUCACAUUUGUGUUAAAGUGUACACAUCCUGUCAAUAUAGUGCUUUCUUCACAAAAUGCACAAUACUUUCACUUAUCCGCCCCACUAAAAAAGAGAUCCCAAAUGUGGUUUACUACUUGGCAUGGAUUACUGCGAAAUCGCUUUGUAUGUGGACGAUUUUGUACUGUUAUAUUCGCGCGCCGAGAUUUUCUGAAGAAAAUUUGCUGAAAAUUUAAUCAUCGGGGAGCGUUAAUUCGGCGACUGGACUGAACUAAACUAAACUGAAUUUUUGCAUUCGUUUUAUUGUUCAUUUUCUAUUAUUAAAAUUUGUGAUUAUAAAUUCAGGUUCAAAUUUGUACGAAAAAGUCAGGCGAGUUUUAAAAGGCGCGGCAGCUGUGCGCCUGAAUGCAGGCUACAGCUUCAGCCGAAGGAAGUUCAAGGAACUACAUGUUUAGUGAUAUUUUGAUCAGAAGACAUUUUAUUUAUAAUAUACGGAAAGUAAUGCAAUUUUUGGCAUGAUUUUAUGGCCUCAGCUGGAAAAGUGAGAAAGCAAGUAAGUGAUUAGUUUAGUUGGAAGUUAAUAUUGAAAAUAUUAUCGCUGUAAUACAUUCAGGACGAACAGUUAAUAUUGUCUUGCAGCAUUGAAUAUGCAGACGUAUCAAUAAUGUAUUUUAUCUCUUUCUAUUCAUGAAAUGUUCAUGUUUGUAAACGAGUUAAUCUGAUCCUAUCCGAUCAGUUAAUCCACUCAGCCAAUCCAAUUGGUUGAGCACCAUGAACUGAUCAAAACCUGCCAAAGCUCACUAUAAACAUUGAGGUUUCCCACGACAAAUUAAAUAAUAUCAUUUAAAAUUAAUGCCGUAAAAGAGUUAAUAAACAACUGCUCACAUGAAACUUUCAUAAUAUUGUCAGGAGUUUCUAUCUGUAAAUAUUGAGCUUAAGCAAGCAAAAUUUUUGACAACAUGGACACAGAGUAGAUACAUAUACAGAGUUAUAACUAGUGUACCCACUUUUGUACCCACUUUUUUGUGUGUGCACUAGAUGCAUGCAUCCCUGGUCAUUAGAUGACGGCUCCCUUUAACUGCUCGCAGAACUUGCCGAGCACGCCCAGUUGAUCGUUUUUUGCCUGGCAGUCACCUGAAAAAAGUGGGUAUGUGAAACGUAAGUUUCCGCAGUAUUUACGACAGCCAGUUACACCUCAGGCUCUGUAUGUAUCUACUCUGUGACAUGGAUGUGACAUAUUUCAAAUUUAGCUGCAGAGUGCAGUCGAUAGUUUCACAUUUGUGAUUUCAAAUAAUAAUGGCUGUCACCAUCUACAUGUACAACAGAUUGAUUUACUUCUGAUCAGUGUUUGUGAACCAAAAGGUUAUACAUGGUACUAAUGGAACCAUUAGGCUGCAGGACCUUGUGCAUGUUUUUUUCAAAAUUGUGCUUGUGAAACCAUACUAUUACCUAAUACUAAUCAUCAGUGCAUGAAGUGUAUAAACUCCUUAUAUCUUAUACAGUACAGCCCUAAUGAAAGUUAACCAUUCUCGCUCGAUGCUAUCCAGGAAAAUGUUUCGAGUAUCGAGAUCUCGAAACCCACUCGAUAAAAAUUCUCUUUCGCUCGAUAGGCUUCUCGAAACGCGCUUCGCGUUACUCGAUACACAAGAAUUUUGCGAGAAAUCUCGAUGCAAACAUUCACGAGAAUUCUCGCAGCACUAUACUGCGUGUAAAAUUUUUCGCAUACGUAAAUAAUCUGCAACUACUGGUAGAAGUAACGUUGCUUCGCAAGUCCGUGCGAAAUCACGGGGUAAACUGAAAUUAACAAUUCUUGACUGAUCUUUAAGGACAACAUUAAAAUCCAGAAACAUUAAAAUCCACAAUCAAUAUUUUGAAAUAAAGACGAAAUACAAUCUACAAAAAUAAGUAUUAUUUUACCUCCAAAAGAUAUCAACUUCGCUUUCCGUGCCUUUCAAUGCAGUAUCGCUGACACGUCACUUCCUUUGACCGCGAUGAUAUCACUACUUUAUUUGCGCUCAGUAACUUCUCACGCGACACCACUAACAGUGUCUUAUCAGCGUAAAAGUAAAACUUCGUCAAGUUUCGUGAAGACAUCGCGUUCUUAUUUCUAUUUCUAUAAUAUCUCUCAGAGCAGGCUCACCGACAGAGAUCAAAACAGUAAUGAGCCUAAGACGCUUCAGAUCUCAGUAUAAAUCAGACAGCAUGUUUUUCACUGACAUCAUCUGUAAUGCUCUUUUGUUUUCGAUAAUCCAUACGAGACAAUAAGUUGUCGGUGGAGUUCCUGUUAUUGUGGUUGUAAAGAAUGCAUAAAUACAGCUAUCGGUUACUAAAUACAAUCAACCGAAGCGAACUAACAUUAUUUAUAGCCUAAGGCUAUAAUUAUAUAGAUUGUUUUGGUGUAUAUGAGUCACACCGUAAAAUUUUGGAAAUAGUUUAUUUCUAACGAUAACGAGUACGUUGAGCCGCUAAUUCUAAUAAAGUAUAUAAUAGAAAGAGAGUGUUUUUUACUGACACUAACAUGUAACACUUCGAAUAAACAGACGCUGACUUAACCAGGGAAUUUUGUUUAUCUUGAGGUUGUGUAAAGGUGAGUAACGAAAUAAUAUAACCGCUAUCACCCUAUCAUAGUUAUAUUUUUAGGGAACUGGUAAAUAUAAUAUGUCAAAAUACGUGACGUUUUCCAUGCAAGGAAACAGCAAUUAUCCUAUAUUUCGCCACAUGUUGGUCAAACUCUCGCUCGAUUUCGCACGAUACAAACAAUUUUCGAGAACUCUCGCUCGAUAUCUGAUUAAAGUCUUCGAGAACACUCGCUCGAUAUUAAAAAUUUUCGAGAACGCUCGCUCGCUUCGCGCUCGCAUACUCGCAACUCGCAGAUUUCUCGUUAGGGGUCAAAUCGCGCUCGAUAGCCUCUCGCUCGAACUCGCAACUCGCUCGUUACACGAUGUUAACUUUCAUUAGGGCUGUACUGUAGUUAUCCAAUCAUUGCCAUCACAGUAGCAAGUAGCCAAAAUUUCAUAUUUUGACCUCGAUUUACAGAAUAAUACUAGAAAUACAUGCAUGCAGAAACCCCUCAUUUUGCUGGCAAUUUAACAACUUACUAUACUUUCCAAGCAUGAAGUAUUUGAAGUGGUUGUCAUGGUUACACAAUUAUUUUAUUCUUUUUAUUUUUAAAAUUUGAAAAAUCCAAAAAUCACAGGAAGCCCAAACAAACGGGUUGAAAUAAAUAAAAGCUGUAAUUAAAACGUAAUGCAAUGAGUAAUAUGCAAUUACAGUAGCAAUAAAAUUGCUGUUAGAAUCAUGCAUGUAGCGUGCUCCAGUCAAAUCACAGCACAACUGGAGCACGCUAAAUAUAAUAAAACUAUGCAAUCUUGCAAGCAUAAAAAUAACUUUGCUAUAUCCUCUUUAUUUAAAGAUUUUUAAAUUAUAAUCCAAAAUAAUAAAAACAGGCAAUUUAGUAAAAUCCACUGAAUUAAUCGUUAAUUUCUGAUGAGCAGCCAAACAGUUUAUUUGUUUUUGCUUCAUAACAACAGCUUAGGAACAAUAAAUUACAGAAAAUCAUAAGCAAAUUUGUUUUAAAUAUUGAUGUAUUGUUUACUUUAAACAUAGGAGGUCCUCCAAUGAAAGAAAGCCAUCAGCGCCUGUGAUUAUUGAUGAACUUUAAACUUUGCUAAUUUGUUCAUUUCCCCAGGUGUAGAUAGCUGAGUGGAAUAAGUACCCUCGCCGUAGGCUAAUGCCUGGAACAGCACUUUGCACCAUUAGUUUGGCGACGAUGGUUUUAUGAACUGACAUAACUAAUUUUAGUGACACAAUCUAAAAACUGCAAUUACUUGGGAAGAAUUAUUAAUAAACUGUUUACAACCUUCAUACAGUAGAUAAUAUUUGAUGUCAACUUCUGCCAUCUUGCCUUCACUUUUCUCAUAGGCUGUUAUUAUGUUAUAUAUUUGUUAUUAAUACUAGCUAAGGCCAUGCCAAGCACACACUUUAUCAUAAGUUCUAGUAAUGAAUACAUCUAUAUGUGCCCGCAACAUCUUCCCUUCUUUAAAUGUUAAUAUACAAACAAGCCGAACAAAACACAACAACCUAUCUUAAUUAAUAUAUAAGUCUCCAAACUGAGUACCGUAUAUGCUCUCAGUUCUGAUUGUCAUGACUAUAAUUCAUAAUUGACGAUUAAUUGGCAGGUUUCAGGAUUGACUAAAUUGUCACACUAAAGAGCUUGAUUCUGGUUGGCAUCCUGAUGGCUCAUCCUGAUCUGCUAGUCAUGUUCUGGCUCAAACACAUAUUUCUGGAGUGGUAUCAUACUUGCUGUUCUUGUCGUUGGUAUCCAUGAACUGUUGGCCGCUUCCUGACGAAUCUUCAUUCUGUUUGUUGAUGUCUUUAUGUCUCUUGCAGCAGACGUGGUUGUCUUUGGAGGUGGUACCAGAGAGUCUCUCAAAUGUAUCCUAUUUCUCUGAUACUUUCGCCCAUCUACUUCUACCAUGUGGCUGUGCGAUGCUGUUUCAUUAUACCACAUUGCCCUCCCUCCAUUCACAAUGUUGCUGGUGUGUCUUCACUCUUACAGGCUGUCAUAUAUGGAACUUCGGAAGAGUUUUAGGCUUUAGCGUUGCUGACGUUUGGCUAUGAGUUGCUCUGUUAUAUGUAAUAUGUGGCUGUGCUUCGGGUUUCAGCAUUUUGUUGUUGCACGAAAGUAAGGAUCUGGUUCGAUGUGUCUUCUCCUGGUGUUGGUGCAUUACGCCACUCUAAGAUUGCUAUCCACACACACAUUUUUCUUCUCUUUCUGUGCCUUCCACAUUAUGUUCUGUAUGAUUUUUACUCCAGACUCUGCUUUCCCAUUUGAUUUGUGGUGAUGGGGAGAAGACAUGAUGUGAUUAAUAUCCCAGGCUGUGGUGAAGGUACGAAAUUCUUCGAAGCUGUAGUUGCUACCGUUGUCAGUUAUGAGAACUGCAGAUGUGCCAUGAGUGGCAAAGAUUGAUUUCAUUCCUUCGAUCAACGACACAGUCAACAAGUCGGGAUUGCUACAAUAACAGCAUUGAUAGUGUUUCCUUCUAGCUCGAAGCAAUCAUUCGGCACGGCCUGCCAAGGUAGUUUUGAUAGUGGAUAUGACAUCAUCGGCUCUUUUUGUUGAGCAGGUCAGAUGAUUUAAAAGGAUGGCUUGCCGAAUCUCAAGCCCUCAACAAUGUAACUCUCAAAGUUAGACGGCCUUAUUAACGUCGAAAAACGAAGAACUGGUGCUUGAGUUAUCAGCUUUUUGAUUAUUGGGAAUGCUUCUUUGUACUGGGGUAACCAAUCGAAUUCUGACGCCUUGACGGUGAGACGACGUAUAGAGGUUCUGCAAUGAUACUGUACUUGACAAUGGUAGUUGGCUACACCAAGUAGUCUUUGCACUCCUCGCAUAUCAACAUAUUGCUAGAACUUUCUCAGGGUUUGGUGAAAUCCCAUCUUUACAUCUUUAGUGACAACAUGACCAUGGUAGGCUACUCUAUCAAACUUGUACUUGAGUUAUUUCUUGUUUAGCUUCAGCCCCUUAGGUCUGCAACGUUCUAGUAGAGUCGUGAAGGCAUUCUCAUGAAUUUACAUUGCUUCUUCCUAUUCAUCCAACUCGACUUGUAGAAAGCCAUUUUUUGCAUCAACAAUGGAGAACACCUUUGUCUUUGUUAGUUAUGUUGCUACAUCGUCGAUGAUUGGUAUUGUCUACAUCGUCGAUUUAUAAUAACUGUAUGCUUUUUUUAGCUUCUCGACUACAUCCGUGCCGCUUAUUCACGGGGUUGGCAAGGUUACUUUGGCGAUGACUACCAUUCUUUCAAACUCAUUGAUCUUCUGUUUGAGCUCAUUGAUCUUCUGUUUCAGCUCUCUAGGAUUGCUCUGUACUGGUUUAACAUUAUAUAGGAUUGGUUUCAAUAUAGUACUGUACAGAAAUUUGUCCUAGACCGGUGAACACAUCUUUCUAUACUCUCGGAAUAUCUUUUCCUAGUUCGUAACUGGUGAUGGUCUUUUCGCGUUCUGUACUUGGUGUACGCACUGUUUAUUGAACUGUACUGGUCCAAGAGCUUCACAUACUUUGCCAGAAAAUAGCGAUCUACAGUAGGUGUAUCCUUGACAAUUUGAAAGUUGACUUUUUUGCUAAUGUCAUUAUAGCUGUGCAGCGUAGUUUAGUUUGUCCCAAAUACAUGUCCAUCUUUUCUGGCGGUGGUAUCAACGAUCGUGACAUUUUAUCAUUGAAAAGUAAACUUAGUUUAUAUUGCUUUACAGUCCUUGAGAAUGUGUAUACACAAUUUUAAUACGGCGGCUAACAUGUCGAACAGAAAAAAGUUGAUAUUCCAGCUUAAAAGUUUGAUGAGAUUUAAGAAAACAAUCCAGCAGUUGCAGUAAUUUACCUGUUUUUUCACCUUCUCUGAAGUUCGUAUUAAAAUGUAUCACCCAGUGCAUUUUUUAAGGAUACUUCAGUGGUGGGGCAAAACUGCCAAAGGCCCCCAUUUUCCUUGCCAACCCCAUUCAUGCAGCCUAGUAUGCGAUUGCCGAAGGUGUGAGCCGAGUACCGCAGGCACGAGUUAGCUUGGGAGGUCUGGGAGCAUGCCCCCCCCCCCCAGGAAAUUUUUAAAAUUUGGGUCUCUGAAAUAGCAUUUCCUGCAUUCAAGCUUUUCAAAACAAAGUUUUAAUGGUGAAAUUUGUAAUAAAUUGCAUGCUAAACAUUCAAACACAACAUAAGUUUAACACUUUCGUCACCAGGCGACUUUUGGUUCCGGCGAUAUCCAGGUUAGGGUUAGGGUCCAAAAAGUGGGACAAAUUUUGUUUUUUAAACUACUUUUUAAUGUUAAACUCAUUUACUGAAAUACAGGUGCUAGGGCCCUGACUUUGGGGAAAUAGGCCAUUUUUUUUCUUCAGUGGUGGGGCAGAGGAAGGGGCCCAGUGGGGCAAAUGCCCCACCAGUCCAUGGUAUUAAAAAAUGCCUUGGUAUCACCUGACACCAUGUUAUGCUAUACAUGUGUUAGUUACUAUACCAUGCCGAGUGCACACUUUAUCAUAAGUCCUGGUAACUACAAAAGAAUACAUAUAGGUGCCCCACAACAUAGGCCAAAUGACUGAAGUUCUUGCUCCAGGGCUCAAUGCGCCCCAGGUUUCUUUGUUAUACGUUAACUGCAUCUGACGCACGACUAUAGUGCUACAGUAUAGUGAAACCCAUAUAUAUAUAUAUAUAUAUAUAUAUAUAUAUAUAUAUAUAUAUAUAUAUAUAUAUAUAUAUAUAUAUAUAUAUAUAUAUAUAUAUAUAUAUAUAUAUAUAUAUACACUCAGAUAUUCUUGAGAACCAAGUAUGUCACUAUUUUUUAAGAGUGAGUCAGUCACAGAACACUGGACAGAUGACCUCCCAAUAUGUACCCAAUCAGGGGUAGGAUUCUCACCCAACACGAAAUACCGAGCUGAUGGCGGACGACGGGAAGAACAUGAAUUCGAAGAUCAAAGUUUUCACUUUCAUUUUGUGGACAAAGAUUGUUAUUUGUAUGGCGUGUUUGACGGAUAUAAUGGCAGAGCUGCCGCAGAGUUUGCAGCACAGAGGCUUCCUGCGGAACUACUGUUUGGGCAACUUACAGGUACAGUAAAAACCAUGGAAAUUGACAGAUUUAAUUUAUUAAACCGUAGCCUAUCGAAGGGAAGAUGGCUGUGAAACUCAUUAGAAUAAUAAUAUAAUUCAUUAUCUAUGUUGGUCAACGUUUAUUCAUAAAUCUGGUCCUUCACCGUCACGUGCAUAUUGUAUUCUUACCCAACUAACCAAUAGCAAUGUUUUAGGAAAGUCACCUAUCCGUAACUCGAACAAUAGGGAAACUGGAAAUUGCUAUUGGUGGGUUUGAAUAAUGUUGACUAACAUCAUAAUGAGUUAUAUUGUUAUUCUAAUGAUAGACUAACGUUGACCACGUGCGUUGACUAACAUCAUAAUGAGUUAUAUUGUUAUUCUAAUGAUAGACUAACGUUGACUAACAUCAUAAUGAGUUAUAUUGUUAUUCUAAUGAUAGACUAACGUUGACUAACAUCAUAAUGAGUUAUAUUGUUAGGCCAAAAAAAAAAAUAUGUGGGUUUCCGGUUUCUUCUUAUAAAAACUUAGGUAGGGUAGGUCGGUCUUAACUUUUUUUUUUUAAACUUUUUUUUAAUUUUCCGAACAACCGGACGCCAUUUUGUUUAGUCAGUGCUUCCACAUCCAAAGAUAAAUUUCCUUAAUAUUGCCUCAAAUUUCAAUUUUCCACAAACUUUUUCCUCUAAGUGGAAACACUUACAAGCAUGAUCCAAUAAAAAAGUUUAGGGUCGGGAUUUCGGCGUCCAAAAGCUAGGUAGGGUCGGGAAACCGGAAACCCACAUAUUUUUUUUUUUGGCCUUAUUCUAAUGAUAGACUAAAUUUUGAUCUAGACAAAAGUUUCAUCACAGCUUGAAAGAGCAUCACAAAAUUAGUAAUAUUCCAAAGUUUCGUUUGCGAAAUGUUGUAAAAUGCGGAUAAUAUAGCCAUGCGAGGUUUGCCGUAUAUUUCAGUCAUUUUGUAUUACGCACGGGAAAUUGACAGCCCAAUCGGGUGUCGGGGCAUCAAUUUCCCGUUUGUAAUGCAAAAUGACUGAAAGUUGCAAAUUUCGCAAGGCUAUAUUAUCCGCAUUUUACAACAUUUCGCAACGAAACUUUGGAAUAUUACUAAUUUUGUGAUGCUCUUUCAAGCUGUGAUGAAAUUUUUGUCUAGAUCAAAAUUUAGUCUAUGAUGCAAAUGGUCCAUUGUCGAAAGAUUUUGUAGAUGAAAAUUUCAAGUGUAAAUUUUAUUAGACCUAUAACCAGGAGAAGUUGUGAAAAAUGCAACUAUAGGCCCUCUGGCAGCAGUUGAACCUGCAUGUGGCCCCGCGAUUCCGGUGCAGCGCUCUAACCAACUGAGGUACAGAAUCCAGUUGUCGAGCUCUACAGGGUGUAUCAAAAAAAGCGCAAUCCUCGACUGAAAUGUAAAUUGCUAAACAAAUAAUAGACGAAAACGUUAAAGUUUGCAUUCAUUUUAAAGCGUAGCCAUUCAGCUUUCUAACAGUGGGUUGUUUCUUAAAUUUGACUCAUUGGUUCGCGGGUACUAAUACUUUACGUUAUUGCGAUUGGAGAUUAAAAAAAUUGAGAUGGAAUAACAAAUCGUUCUCAUGAAAAUAACUGAUUUUUUCAUUAAAACAAAAAAAUGUUGCAUUUUAUUAAAUGGAUUGUAACAAUAAGUAUAAUUACGGCUUUUCUUCCACUAUUUUUAACUCAGUUUGAAACUUCAAAUGCGAUAUAAUUUUGGCUUGGACCAUCUAAGCUGACUGACAUCAACUUGCUAUAAUUUCUGUUUACUACAUCAUCGCAGACACUCUGGCUCAGACACCAGAAUGUUUUGACGAUUUUAGCAUUCGUUUAGGAUUUUCAAACAACCUGGUCUCUUUUAAAAUACUUUUAAUUUGUUCUUACGUGGUUUUCCGGAUGUAGUGACGACAACAUUAAAGUUUAAAGAAGAAAAUUCUAACAUUUAAACCGACUAAACAAUAACAUAGUAAACUUGCAUAAUUAAACAGCAACUAAAAAUGAUAGGUUUUACUAAAUCUUUUCCUGUGCAAUUAUUACUAGCAUUGGAGACAAGGAUAAUAGUUUGUUUGAAAGAGAAAAGAACAGGCUUUGAAGUAAGCCUAAAAGCGUUUAACUAGAAAUAGUAUUUCGAAAGUUAUUAAGCACAAAAGAUGAAUUGCGUUUAUUUUGAUACACCCUGUAUAACUGCAAGUUCAUGUAUAUAUAUACAAAGGUGGUGCCAAUGUGAGCUGUAUGCCAAAAAUAUCAGGAUUUUAUUGGCGUCUCACUCAAUAGAACUAACUGUCAAAGGAUUUUUGUAGAUUGAAAUAUCGAGUGUAAAGCUUAUACAUUUAUUAGGCCUUAGGUCAUGCUACUAUAUGCUACGCUAUGCCAGCUACAUGUAUAUAAUUUCCUUGGGCCGGUUGUACGAAGGCCGGAUUGUAAUUUUUUCAAGUUUUGUUAAAUUGAUCGUUGAUUGGUAUAACUCGUAUUAUAUAGUUUAGUAUUUAUAAGUUAAAUGUUUUUUUGUACUUCUUGCAGUCGUUUUUGUCCGUAGUUUCACACUUAUUCAAGGAUGAAAAAAUCACUAUCCGGUGGAUAGCACUAUCCGGUCUUUGUUUGUACGAAUAUAUAUACUGUACCACUCCACAUGAUAUUUGGAAUUGGCCUUACUUUCCUGAAUUCUUAAUGACUAGCUGAAAAAAUUAAAAGCAUUUCAGCAUUUGAGUUGAAAGUGCCUUAGUUAGGAGGCCAGUAUGUCAAAAUGUUUUUAUAAUCUUUAUCAAGUAGUUAAAGACACAAACAACAACAGUAAUAAAUUAUACCAAACAUGCUGAAAUGUAUUUUUACAUAGAUGAUAUGAAUGAUGAUGAUAUCAUGAUAGUUCUAAAGCAAGCAAUUAUGGGGGUGGAGAAAGGAUUUUUUGACUCUAUUGGUGAUGAACUAGUGGAAAAGACUUUAAUAGAAGAAGAAAUUGCUGUGAGUAUUGUUGUUAUAGUCGGCACUACAGACGCCGUGAAUCGGCAUUUUAUAGAGCGUGUGAUGAAUGCCAGUUUAUUGUAAAGAGUUAAAUAUUUCUUCCAUACAGAUUUUCUCUUGCGAAACUGAACGUGUUUGGUAAUGCCAAUUAGCAACUUACUGUAUUGCACAACAUUACUAGAAAAGAGAAACAGUUUUAUAUAUUAAUAACUACAGUGAAACACGCAAUUUGAUUGGUCGAGAAAUUACAAUGCCUUCGCGGGAUUUUUGCAGGAUUCUCAACAUGUCAUUGUUUCACUGUAGUUAUUUUAUAAAACAAUUACCAAUUACAAACAAUUAUAAAACAAUUACUUGCAUGGGAUGUUGGUCGACUUCGGAAAGCGUAAAAAUACACUCGCCUGCGGCUCGAGUAUUUUUACGCUUUCCGAAAGUCUCGCGAUAUCCCUCGUGUUUUUUCUUCUUCUAAAUUUCAUUUUGUGACGGCUCCUUAUUACGUGCAUCUUACCAUUCGGUAUUCCUUUAUUCUCACAUGCGAAGUUUCGUCCAGUUAAAUGUUACAACGAUGAUGUAUCAGUAAAUUAACUCACGACCGGAAUUUUCCCGCCCAUUGGUUUGAGCAUAUAGACAAUCCAGAAGAUUCUGGAUUGUCUAUGGUUUGACUUGUCAAAGCCUUAUGGUUUGACUUGAUAUGGUUUGACUGGAUUGUCUAUGGUGUUACGUACAUAGUCAACGUGAACGUAAACUCUUUAUAUUGAUUUUUAUCAUUGUUUGAAUUAAUUUUAUGAUGAGAAGCUAAUUUGCCUGUAUAUAUCAUCUAUGACUUACUGUAAGUGCAGUGAAAACGCAGUAUCUAUAAAAUAAACAAUUUUUUCAUGGGAAAUGCUUUUGUAUUGUAUCAAAUAUGCACUUGUUAAUUUGUUUUCACGAAACCCACUCGCUCAUUGCAUUCGCUCGUUCGUUUUGUGAAAGAAAAUUAAUUAACGCGCGUGAAAAUACCAUAUCUCAACGUAAUCUCUGUAUAUCAUUCGUACUCGUUAGAAUGCUGCAUUGGCACUCAAUAUGAGCUGUUGUAGUUUGUGUCUGAACUGUGAUCUGAACCACCCGGAAAAUGUCAAACACGAAAUGAAGAGAUUGUUUACUAGGCAAAAUAUUUUUAAAUAUAUGACUUUUGGAUUAGACACAAAAUUGGCUCAGAAUACUGAGACUUUUAAAAGAUCCUAAUUUUGAAUCUUUGUUUCCCACUGUCUUCCUUAAAUAUUGUAUGAUGGUCGUGUUUUAAGUACUAUUCAGAACAUGAGUGGCAGUGUUUUAUCAGAUUAUAUGGAGAUACGAGGCGAAGCCGAGUAUCUUUAGGUCUGAUAAAUUCAAAAACGAUCUAUCUAGUAAGUUCAUUGGCAAAGUAAUUUUCAAAAAAACGUUGUGUAAGUCGAGAAAAUCAAAGUUAAAGUUUAUGUAGAUCAAGGGAAAUCUCUAUCACAUAUAAAGAUACGACACCCUUAUAUGAUUUUUCUUUGUGUUUUCCUCAUGAAUUAUUAAUGAGUUUUUGAAAGAAGUAUAAUCAGAGCUGGAAAAAAAACUACUUUCUUUUUGUGACCACUGUGACAACACAAAAUUUUGCCACUAUUCUGGUAUGUGGCUAAAUAGGCAAGAACGGGAAACGAAGGGGAUACAGUAGUUGCAUGAUCGAGUCGAAUCAGUCUAAAUGACCUUAUUUUUUAUUAUAUGUUAUUCCAGUUGUAUAAUUAAACUUGACCAGCCAUGCCUUGCCCUACAGCAGGCCGAGAAAAUAUAUUUCUCUAAUUCUCUUCCUGGCAACGAGAUACGUACCUGCAUAGGUACUGUAAAUCUCAGAUAAUGGUGACGUAUGCCAAAAACAGGCGUACUAUACUUAUAUACAGUACCCACAACCAGGCAUAGUUCAUACAUCUAGAUACAGACUGCUAUAUAGUUCAUACCCCUGGAUACAGCCCGCGAAACUACAUCAUACUGCAUUUUUAUGUAGACAAAUGCUACAAAACCAUAACUAAAAGGUACUGUAUGCCGAAAUCCGGCGUACUUUAAUAUACACAAACCAUGGCCACAAUUGUUAUGGUGCUGCUCAUUGUGACAAUCUCGGUGCAAGACGCAAAACUUGCAAAACGCUUUUGUAAACAAUAAGUGGUUUUUCAGUAUAUGAGAUGACAAAAAUUUCUUGCAAAAUGUAAGACAAUUUCCUGCGAAGAUAUUUUGUAAAAAAAUUUCUGGCUGCGGUGCUUCUACUGUAGACAUUUCCCAGCACUGCCCUCCAAGCCUUUGUUAACUUCACAUCUACAAUGCAACUUAGUCCAUCCAUUUUUCACUCCCUUCAAUUAUUUGUUUUGUUCUGUUUAUUUUUGUUUGUUUGUUUGUUUGUUUGUUUGUUUGUUUGUUUGUUUGUUUGUUUGUUUGUUUGUUUGUUUGUUUGUUUGUAUGUAUGUUUGUUUGUUUGUUUGUUUGUUUGUUUGUUUGUUUGUUUGUUUGUUUGUUUUCAUUCAUUCUUUCUCCAUCCAAACAUUUUCUGGGGACUAUAAGAUUUUAUCCCGAUACUUUUUCCACCCCUAGUAAUAUUAUUACCCAAUCGUUCUCUGUAGGGUCUUAAUCAGUAUGACGCUGCUCAGCAAUAUCCUGUCAAGGUGGAGAGACUUCGUACAAUCGAACAAGAGAUUGCAUGUGGAACUACUGCAGUCGUGGCGCUGAUCUAUAACAACAGAUUGUUUGUUACCAAUGUUGGUAACUGUAGAGCUGUCUUGUGUACUACUGAUAACAAUGGACGCCUACAUGUACAACAGGUGUGUAUAGACCAAGUCAGAGUUUCGAUUGCGCAUCCAAAUGAUGGGCACAAAUUGCAGUUUGAAGUGUUGAACUAUAACAUCUAGCUGAGACAAAAAGUUGCCCAAAGAACAAUUACUUUCCGCACUGUUAAUUCGCUUUAAUAACCGGCCAUUAUUUAUAGUGGGGUGGCACCGAUGAGAAAUGUUUUUCUUGGUAAAAAAUUGCUGAUCCAACCAUUAAAAUUUUCUUUACCUAACCUCAAAUAUCAAUCUAGGGUACCUUUCAGUUAUCACACACACCACUUCUGUGACAUGACUUUUGAUGGCUGCUUGUGCAAUUUUUUGACAAAUGUCUGACAGAUUUAUUUGCCUCCUGACAACUGUCUGACAGAUUUAUUUCCAUAUUGUAUUGACAUAUGGUUGCUGAUAUGGUUAUGGUUUUUUGGCUUUUUAGUCUUCAAUAUUUGAGCGAGUCAUGCUUUGGAAAUGACAAUAAAUUUUUAUUACCCAAUCUUUGAGUUGUUUAUUUUUCCCGUUUUCCCAACCUUUUACUCACUCAAAAUUUUGCGUGCCAAACCCUUUUCUCGUUGGUACCUCCCUCGCCAUAAAUAAUGACCGCUCCCUAAAUUAUGAAAAUAAAUACCCUUAGGUGUACCUUCUUUGUUUUGCUUUACACCAAAGACAAAAAAUAUGCUAGUACAAAAAUUCUUUAACUUGCAAUCCUAUUGUGGCUAUCAGUGAAACACAAAUGAUGAUUCAACAAUUGAAUACUUUGAUAUCUGCAUAUUCUAAUUCUUCCAGUCUCAGCCACAUGUGAUAUAUAGUUCAAGUGGGAUUUGUUCCCAGCGCAGAGCACCUCGUUUGGAUGCGCAGUCGAAACUCUGUUUAUAAAUUUUAACUUUUUCAGACAUUUCGUUUUCUAUGAACAAGAAGGGCAGUAAAUUUCUCUUUAGUUUUGCGAACGAUAGUGAUAGGGAGUGGUCAUCUGCAAAAUUAUCGUAGACGCAAGGGUUUCUAUUUUCCUGUAGAAUUUCCAUCAGCAUGUGUUUGACAUUAUUAUAGCCGGCAUAAUAAUGCGCCCAUACUCCAUAUGACCCCCAACAACUAAGAAGUCGGGGCUUUAUUUGCUCCGAGAAGUUUUUGCAUUUAAGAACCUCGAUUCCCUCAAAGCACUUAACAAGAGCUUAAAGUAUAAAUAUAAGUAUAUACCAAGGCUAUUCACGGCCCAAAUGAAAAAUAUGACUUCAUUGAUUUCAGUAUUUUUUUUAAUUCAACAUGCAUUGACCAUUUAUUUAUUAUACUAAAAUAGAACUCAUGAUAAUCUGAUUUUCGGACUUGUAUCUGUUCAUUCAGAUUCUUGAUCUAAAAUUAUGAGAGCAGGCUAUCUUCAGACGGCCGGCGGGGUGAAAAUUAACACAAAUACAUUUCAGACCGGUCUUUGCUCUUGGCUUCGGAACAAUACAUGCUCACAAACUUCACGAACGUCAGGUAAAUUUUCGGCCUCCUCCCUAAUCUUUUUCGUCCCGCACGCCUAUGUAGGUUAUUAUUUUAAUCAAUAGUUUUUAACAGAUAAUUUGAACCGAAAAUGCAACAAGGCACAUGCAUUCAAUACAUUCAUUCGUUUCUGAACAAGUAAGAAUGAUUUUCACUAUUUUAAGCAGCAAGCAGUCUCAGCCGUAAUUGGCUGGACAAAAAUAAUUGUAUGAGCAAGAACAAGCCACACAACUGUCGACUAAUUGUAUGAGCAAGAACAAGCCACACAACUGUCGACGACAACAACAACAACAACAACAACAGCAACAACAACAGCAACAACAACAGCAACAGCAACAACAACAGCAACAAUUGAUAAUGCUUGUGAUAAUAUUGAUGAUGCUUGAAACCUGCUUCAAUAACAUUAUUGGUCAACUCAGAAACUAAAAUCCGUGCUGUCUUUCACAAAAAUGUUUCCAAUCAUUUUUCCUUGAAUCUGUUGAAAACUGAAAAAAUUCCUUGCACCAGUAAAGAGUACAGAAUGUGCAAUACGAAAACGACAAAACAGGGCGCGAAAUAACGGCUGGAGCCGGAGGAUCGCCGGCCAAUUCAAUUUUAUGGUUCUUAAUUAAAAUACUUGACAACUUUAUUUUGAUUAUUAAUUCAGCCAAACUGAAUAACGUAUCUUUUUACAGUUAAGUACAGAUCACAUAAUUGGGAAUGAGAAUGAAUUGAUCAGACUAUCAAACCUUGGGUUAGAUGUUGAGAACAUAAGAAGAGGGCCAAAGUUUGGGAAUCAUGAAUCUACGAGGUGCAUUGGUGAUUAUACUGUGAAAGGCGGUUAUAAAGAGUUUGAUCUUUUGAGGUAAUGGAAAAAUUUGGUAUUCGUCGAUUGUCUUUUUUUAUUUGGAUAAUAAUGGGAUCUAAAAUAAACCAAACAACUUGAAGCAACGGUCACAGAUUGCUUCAAAACAAGCUAUUUAAUCUAAGUGUCCCCAAUUCCUAGGUUAUAUACGCUUUUCAUAAAUGGCUGCCGAUUAAAAAUUCUUUUAUGUGCAUAUAAAUUGGCCCAACUAGCCUCGUACUCAUGUUAAGAUUUCAAAGGAAUUUCUACCCAGAAACGAGGCUAGUUGGGUGCACAUAAAAGAAUUUUUAAUCGGCAGCCAUUUAUGAAAAGGGUCUAUUUGGUAACGCGAGGUCUGUACAUAGAAAUAUCGGACCGAGGUGUUUUUUGUACAGACCGAGCCCGUAGGGCGAGGUUUGUACAAAAAAGACCUCGGUCCGAUAUUUCUCCGUACAUGCAUACAGAGCAAGGGAGGUUAAUAAUAACUUUAUUAUAUGGCAUUUGUCGGCAUUUAUACUUGAAACAAACAAGAAAUGCAUGAUUUGAAACUGCAUAUUAAUAGCGUGGUAGGCCUACACAUUUGGUCGAAAAAAAAACAAAAAACAAUGUAUCUCUUCUUUUCCACUAAAAACCAUUCGCAGAUAUCUUAUUAAUAUAAAUUGAAUUAUAAUUUUCAAAUUUUCAAUUAGUUUUGCUGUUUCGUUUUAAAAUGCAUGCGUUUGUUUUUGCCUAAUGCACCGCUGGUCCAUUACAGGAAAAUAAUGGACCGCUGAAAGUGCUUCUCAGCCAAUCACAGUCCGCCAUUUCACCGGAAGUGAUGCUUGCCAUAUAAUAAUAAUACGUAAUAGGAUUGUUUCUCGUGAAAUUUUGAUAAAACAAGCACUCUAUUCUGCAUACUAUUACAGCACCUAUAUAGCAAUCUUGAACUGUCUGUGCCAGUGUAGGUAGUGCCAAUAGUAUAAACAAGCUUUCUUUGGCAGGGAUGCAACUACCUGAAAAAUAUAAGAAGAAUUUCGAAUACAAGACUAUACUACAUUGUAGUCUCUGAUGUCUGCAGGUUGCCCACCAUCUGCUGCACGAUAGUGCUUUGUGAAACCCAGCUAUAAUAGAUACGUUAAUUGCUUAUUCAUUCCUGGGCAAAAACGAAUGCAUAUACCUUAUUAGUAUAAUUACAAAGGUGAUUAUCGAAAAUUGUGGCCGCUGAUUGGUCAAGCGACCUCUGAUUAUUACGCGAUAAUCACCUAAGCGGUUUUUUCAAAAUGGCGGCGAGUGACAGAUAAAGAAAUAAGUAAUUUUAAAGAAAAUGCUGUACCUACGAGCACGAAAAAAGGGACAAAAUUUGGCUUAAAAUUAUUUCGAGGUAGGAAACUAAGUUGCAGAAAUCUGCUUAACUUUAUUUCGCAUAAAACAUCGUUUUAUUUUAAAUUGCCGUACAAUUGUCUAGACAUUUGUUUACGUUUGUAAAAAUAUAUUUUCUACAGAUUGGUUUCAACAACAGUCAGAAUUCACAAAUGAGUUUGAAGACAUGAGUAUUGACGAAAUGAACCAAAUUUUUAUCAAAAUUCUAUACCUUUCUGUAAGAAAAAGUGAUACGAAUUACUACAAAAAAACAUCCUUGAUGGCGAUACGAGCGCCUUCAUUGCGCAUACCGCUUUCUUUAUGAAUUUAAUUAAACGAUUUUCAAAAAAUUGAGAUGUGUUAUAUUAUUUUUUUCAAAUAAUCACCUUUGUAAUUAUACUAAAACAAUUAUUCGCCUCAGGCUCGGUGAAUAUCGCUGAAUAAAAACCUCGACUUCGUCUCGGUUUUUAUUCAGCGAUAUUCACCUCGCCUUCGGCGAAUAAUUGUUAAUUAUAGGAAAUUAACGAUGCACUUUAUUAACGCGACAUAAAUUAACGCGACAUCAAAUUAACGCGGAUUGCUUCUAGCACAGAAUAAAGACAUACAGAAGUGUAACUUCCAUUACAAAACCGUAAGGCGCUUUUUACCGAAAUAGCUGGCGGCCAUGUUCUUAGCAAGUGCCCUAAAGAGAGGCAUUCACCCCCUGGAAUAUUAAAUUUUCAAUAUGUUUUCAGUUAGUGUUAUAUAAAACAAAUUUAGGUAUUUUUAACUAACGAUAAAUGAAAAUUGCAUACUUAAAAUUAACGAUCACAUAAAUUAACAUUAAUUAAAUUAACGCGAAUUUUUAAAAACCGCGUUAAUAAAGUGCAUCGUUAAUUUCCUAUAAUAAGGUAUAUAUCUUUCCUAAAUGUUUGCAGUGCCGCUAUUGAUGAGCCUGUGAUUGCAGAACCAGAGAGUUUUGGAGGCAUACCGAUUGACGAAUCAUUUUAUUGUCUCGUGUUAAUGUCAGAUGGUCUGUACAAAUCCUUAGAAGAUUCCAAAGUCUUGAGCCAAGAUGUAAAUGUUGAAAUUCUUGGCCUGGUGACAGCCGAACUACAAGCACAGUCCACAAUCAACGGUGUCUGCCAGGCAGUGGUUGACAGGAUAUGCCGAUAUCAUCAUGAUGGCUUUAUGAGUCAGAAUAAACUAUGUGAACGCAGAGAUGACAUGACCUUGCUUGUGAGAUUGUUUAAUGCUCAGCUAGGUGGUAAUACGCCAAGCCCUGUUUCACCUCUAACUAAUUUUCAUCCAUUUUCAGGUAAGUGAUAUCAAUACUUGCGGUUCAUAUAAGCUCGAUUUGCCUGGGAAGCCAUGCACCUGACUGGGAUGAAUUAUUUCUGUAUUCCUACGACAGUUGUAUCCCACCUAAUCUACGUUUCAUUUCUGGUUAUUCCGCAUCCUGUUAUUGUUGAUCGAGUACUAAGUUUGGUAUCGUAGUUUUCAGCUAACUGCAAACACGGCACGCAAAACAUGAUCCAACAGCAAGUAGCCUAGGAAUAAAUUAAAAGUUAUAGAAAGAUUGGGGAACUGGGGCAUGCUCCCCCUGCAAAAUUUGGUAAAUUGAGGCUCGGAAAUGCCAUUUCCUGCACCUUAAAUUGGACAACAAAAAUGUGACAAAAAUUGUUUCUGGUUUUGGUCAGUUUGUAUGACUCAGUGGGAGCCAAAAUCGCCGGCAAAUUAGCAUAGUCGAACUACCUGGCGAUGGAUGAAGCUCACGCUUUUCAACCAAGAUCGAUAUUAUAAUACGACCGAAUCUAUUUUCAGGGCGGCUUAGUCCCCUGUAAAAACUGUGACGGGUGCCCCCACCCCACUUUAAAUUCACCCAAGGAAUAUUUCAUUGACCUGAAUGUUGGGUGUUCACUUUGCCUCCCAUAAGCAGCGAUCAAGAGUCUUCAUAUUACUGUUCAUAUUCUGAUCGGGUUUUUUCUUUUUUAGCGGGGAGGGGUUUAGGCCCCCAGGUUUAGUUCUGGUGGGGCUAUAGCCCUCUUAGCUUCAUGUUUCGCCGCCGUUGACUGUCGUCUAUAUACCAGUAGAAUUAUAUCCAAGUAUACAUUCGUGCGAAUACGUUAAAGGUGAUGUAAAGUCCGUAAUGUAAACAAACGCUUUGUUUACAUUUUGAACUCAGUGCUACAGUUAUAAAAUAUUAGAUAUAUAUUAUACUGAAUUUUUAACACUCUUCCGGUUCGUAUGCUUGUAAAUGAAUGCAGACUAGAGAUUCAAUUCAAGAAAGUUCGGAAGGUGCGAAAUAUUAACAACAUUCCAAAGGUUGCUCCCCCACUGAUGGAAUGUGUUGAUGCGCAGAAUAUAUGCGCAGAACGGACUUUACAGCAUCUUUAAUAUGUGUAUUUUAUACAUUUUGUAGGUCAGAACAACCUUGGCUUUCUUCAAUUCCCAUUUCCAGCAAAUGGUGGGGUUUGGACGUCUACUUCACCUGCGCUUCGACCCCCUUUUUCCACUCUUGGUAAAUCGUCUGGCUUGUUGGCUGUUCCGCCUAAAACAACGCUAUCAUUCACCACUGCACCUAUGGUGGCAGGAGACAGUCAAGAAACGUUCCCUGCGGGACAAGCUGUGCUACCUGCUGAUGCUGACGAAACUGACGGCGACUUCGUAGAAUGCUACGUGGAUUUCUCAGAAUAUUACAAAGCGAUUGAAAUUCACGGAGAGGAUUAUGUCAUCAAUUCUGUUCAAUUGUAA